AAAAGCUUUUAUAAUAUGUGGAAAUAGAGAAGUGUUGAUCGUUAGGUGAUUUUAAGGGGCUUCUUGCAAAUACUUCUUUAGAAUACCGAGAUGUUUGCAAAAGCGUUUCGUGUGAAAUCAAACACCGUUAUCAAGGGAUCUGACAGGAGGAAGCUGAGAGCAGAUAUUGCUGCUGCUUUCCCUUCUCUGUCAGUGGAGGAACUAAAUGAGCUCAUCCCAAAUAAAGAAGAGCUGAAUAUUGUGAAGAUUUACGCACAUAAAGGAGAUGCAGUCACUUUGUACGUCCUCCAUAAAAAUCCCAUAUUCUUUCAGCUGGAGAAACAGGUGUUCCCAACAGUGUACACACUGUGGAGAUGCCCCACCAUGGUACCAGCAUUCGCCACGUGGCCGCCAGUUCUGCAGAAGUUAUCUGGUGGAGCAGAUCUCAUGUUGCCUGGUGUAGUGGUAUCCGCUAGUGGCCUUCCUGAGGUAGAUCAAGGCGAUUGCUGUGCGGUCACUCUAGUGAUGAACAGGUCACCAGUGGCUAUUGGGACAGCAGCUGUAUCGAGUGCUAAGAUGAGGAGCAGUGGAAUGAAGGGGAAAGGAGUGAAUAUUUUACACGCAUACUUGGACCAGCUGUGGGCGUUUGGUGAUAAGACGCAUCCUCCGGUUAUACCGGUCACAAACUGUCCAGCACCGGAGGAGGGAGAAACAGAUGGAGAGGAAUGCGAGGAGAAAGAGGAGAGGGACAGCUCUAAACCAGCUGCAGUGGAAACAUCCUGUCGGAGCAUGCAGGAGCUGAGGCUGGAUGAGCACGAGGUGUUGAAGGAUGAACAACUGGAUGAGGAUAAAGAGGGAGAAGACACUGAUGGAGAAGAGGAUUCUAGAUCUCCACAGGAGCAGAUGGAUGAGUUAUUGCUGCAAUGUUUUCUCCAUGCACUCAAGACUAAAGUCAAAAAGUCUGACCUCCCAUUACUGACCAGCACCUUCCUGAGCAAGCACAUGGUGUCCUGCUGUCCUAGAGGAAAGCAACUAGAUAUCAGGAAAUCAAGUUACAAAAAGCUGUCUAAGUUUCUAUUGUGCAUGCAGAGAGAUCACAGUCUGGUUCAGGUGAAGGAGCUGAGUAAAGGUGUGGAGAGCAUUGUGGAAGUUGACUGGAGGAACCCUGAGGUGUGUUCUUUCAGGACACCAAAGGACUGUGGGCCGGAGAAAGAGUCUGUGGAGGGGGGCGGGGCUUGUGAGGUCCCAUACCAGACCCCUGAAAUCACACAACUAUAUGGGGUCACUGCGCGCCUGGAGCCUCUUUUUCAGGACGCCAGGAAAAGAAAGGGGACGCCUCUAAAGGCUAGUGAAGUAAGAAAUGUCAUCACGGAUUAUGUAAAGAAAAAUGAACUCAUCCAUGAAACCAACAAAAAUUAUGUUAACAUUAACCCAACACUUUGUGACUGUUUGCUGGAGAAGUCUGAGUACCAUGAAGUGGAGACGCUGAAAUGGGAUGACCUCUUUAGCAGGACUCUCAUCAGAAUGCAGGCGUGCCAUGAGGUGCUGUUUCCAGGUCAGCCUCCUGUGGUUAAGAAAGGACAGAUGGAGUCCAUAGACAUUACUGUAGCCUCCAGGGGUUCCAACAAGAAGGUUACAGUAAUUAAGAAUCUGGAGGCGUUUGGUUUAGACCCAGCUGUGGUAGCAGACUCUCUGCAACAUCAGGUUCAGGCCAGCUGUGUCCUCCUGGAUUCCCCUGGGGCCAAAAACAAAGUCCUGGUGCAGAUCCAGGGAAACCAGGUCCAACAUGUUGGCAAACUGCUGCUAGAUCGUUAUCAGAUCCCACGGAAAUAUGUACAAGGUCUUGAUAAAGCUCCCAAACCAGGCAAGAAGAAAUAACAGAUGACAGAUCUCCUCAGAAGAGCCACAUGUUGCUGUGACAUUUUAAAUAACUAGUCAACAUAACAUCAUCUCUGAAAUAAAACACAUCUGAUUUCAUUCUGAA